GGCAGCAUAGCUUCUCUUUUCUCCCAUCACCUCUUUUCCCCCUCUCUCUCUCUCUCUCUCUCUCUCUCUCUCUACUGAAUAGAAUCCCCUUUUCAUUUCCCUCCGCAGAUCUUCACAUUCCCACUAGCCAAACUCUAAUUUUCUCUGUCCUUGCAACUGUCUAUUCAUUCCUUGGUCUCUCUAUUACAACUCUAUGAUCGGUUUCAUCCGAUGAUUCUAGAACCUUCAUGAAUCUCUACACCUUCAUGGACCCAACUUACCGCCAUCACCACCGCUCUCUACAUCCAUCUUACCAUGCCUGACCUGCGUAGCCGAGCACGCAGAAAUCGGGACCCUAGGAAAUCUACCUCGAAUCAGAAUCCGAUUAAGGUUACCGUAGAGACUCGACAGAGAAAAACCGCUGUGAACAAGAGGAAAAAGAACUCCGUCGCUGUUGAUGAUAAAAAUAAUAUUGUGAACCUUGAAACGACACCGUUGGUGGACCAGACUAGGGCUUUUAGAGAGGAGGUUGCAGAAAAGAAGAUGGAUGAGUUCGAUAGCGGCGGCCGCAGCGGCGAUAAGGGCCCUGGCGCUGAGGACGAGGGAAGCACCGCACCGCUGCCUGAGAAGGUCCAGGUUGGAGGCUCCCCAGUCUACAGAAUAGAAAGAAAACUGGGUAAAGGAGGUUUUGGACAAGUAUACGUUGGUCGUCGCAUUAGUCCCACAGCUGCAAAUGAAAGAACUGGCCCUGGAGCUGUUGAGGUAGCGCUGAAAUUUGAACAUAGAAGUAGCAAAGGAUGCAAUUAUGGGCCACCAUAUGAGUGGCAAGUUUACAAUGCACUUGGAGGCAGUCACGGUGUCCCACGAGUUCAUUACAAAGGUCGACAAGGUGACUACUAUGUCAUGGUAAUGGAUAUGCUUGGACCGAGUUUAUGGGAUGUUUGGAAUAACAAUUCGCACACGAUGUCCAUUGAAAUGGUGGCAUGCAUUGCUAUUGAAGCAAUCUCUAUACUAGAGAAGAUGCAUUCUAGAGGAUAUGUGCAUGGGGAUGUAAAACCUGAGAACUUUUUGCUUGGUCCCCCAGGAAGUCCUGAAGAAAAAAAGCUGUUUCUUGUUGACCUUGGAUUAGCAACCAGAUGGCGAGAUAGUUCAACUGGCCUGCAUGUUGAGUAUGAUCAACGCCCAGAUGUUUUUAGGGGAACAGUGCGUUAUGCAAGUGUUCAUGCUCAUCUUGGUAGAACUGGUAGCAGGAGAGAUGACUUAGAGUCUCUUGCUUAUACACUGAUUUUUCUUCUCCGUGGCCGGUUGCCAUGGCAGGGAUAUCAGGGUGAAAAUAAAGGGUUCCUAGUUUGCAAGAAGAAGAUGGCAACUUCCCCAGAAACUUUGUGUUGCUUCUGCCCUCAGCCUUUUCGUCAGUUUGUCGAAUAUGUGGUAAAUUUGAAAUUUGAUGAGGAGCCCAAUUAUGCAAAAUAUAUCUCCCUUUUUGAUGGGAUUGUUGGUCCAAAUCCAGAUAUUAGGCCAAUAAACACUGAUGGUGCCCAAAAGCUUAUUUAUCAAGUUGGACAUAAGAGAGGAAGAUUGACAAUGGAAGAGGAAGAAGAUGAACAACCAAAGAAGAAGGUACGGAUGGGUAUGCCUGCAACACAAUGGAUCAGUGUUUACAAUGCUCGUCGCCCAAUGAAGCAGAGAUAUCACUAUAACGUGGCUGAUGUGAGGCUUUCACAACACAUACAGAAAGGCAAUGAAGAUGGGUUAUUUAUCAGCAGUGUGGCUUCUUCCUCAAAUUUAUGGGCCUUGAUUAUGGAUGCUGGCACUGGCUUCACUGCUCAAGUUUAUGAGCUUUCACCUUACUUUCUCCACAAGGAGUGGAUUAUGGAACAGUGGGAGAAGAAUUACUACAUCAGUGCAAUAGCAGGAGCUAAUAACGGAAGUUCGUUAGUUGUGAUGUCUAAGGGGACCCAGUAUUUACAGCAGUCCUAUAAAGUCAGUGAUUCAUUCCCUUUCAAGUGGAUUAAUAAGAAAUGGAGAGAGGGUUUUUAUGUCACUUCCAUGGCCACUGCUGGAAGUAGAUGGGCAAUUGUUAUGUCUCGUGGGGCUGGAUUUUCUGACCAGGUUGUGGAGCUAGAUUUUCUAUAUCCUAGUGAAGGAAUUCAUAGGAGGUGGGAUAGUGGUUACCGCAUUACUUCAACUGCUGCAACUUGGGACCAGGCUGCAUUUGUUCUCAGUGUGCCCCGAAGAAAACCAGCAGAUGAAACUCAAGAGACACUUCGAACUUCUGCUUUUCCUAGUACACAUGUCAAGGAGAAAUGGGCAAAGAAUCUGUAUAUUGCAUCUGUAUGCUAUGGUCGAACUGUCUCCUGAGCAACUGAAGCUAUGUUGGGAAGCCAUUGAUGUUAUCAUGAUUUGGCUCCCGUGUAUUACCUAGAAGAGAGUUCUCACCACCAAAGGCCCUUUUUUGAUAAGCAAGCAUCCUCUUAAGCCAAAAUGACGCAUCACAGCAUUUGGGAGUUUAUGUAUGCAAAAAUUCUUCUUUACCGUCGCCAACACAUAGCACCAAUUACAAAUACCUGUGCACUGUCUUUCAAUUGCAUUGAGAUGUUUGAGCCAAUUUUAGAUCUCAUGUCCAUUAGGAUGGGUUGAUUUACCCAUUUGCCAAAAAAAAAAAAAAAUUGUAUAGUUAUGAACAGUAGUCACUUGGUUGAAGGUGCGUGCACAGGUGGUCAUGUUUUCAUUAUUAACAGUAUCAUGAUUUUGCAAAGGGUUCUUGGCAUUCUCAGUCAUCGAGUCUGUACUUAUUCCUUCUUCCUUGUUUUUGGACUCAAGGAUCCUUUUUAUCUUUCACCCAAGAACUUAUGGAAUGUCUGAAUCUGGCCUAAAGAGGGUUGUUACUUAUUUUGUACACUUUGAAGUAACCUCUUGUAAUAUUUUUUUAUUAUAUUAAUAUUUUUAUGCUAUAACCUUA